AUGAAUUUACAAGAUUUUAAGGAACAAAACGACCAUUACUGGAAAAUCAUUGAGAAACAGCGGAAAAUCAUCCAAAAUUUACAAAAAACUGUGACACAAUUGACUGCAGAAAAUGAUUACCUUCAGAAAAAAAAUAAGGAAUAUUUGACACAAUUUGACAGUGUCACACAUCAUCCUUUAUCCGUCGUAGAAGCAAAUUUGCCUGUUCCGCCACCAAGAUCGCCUUAUAGGGUUCAUAAAGAGCAGAAAAGACCUCCUGUACUUCAAUUGAAGACAUCAAACCAUCGUGUCGUAUCCAUUCCUUCGCCCACAAUUAGUCGUCGCUCAUCAUUAUCCCCCAACGGCAAAAGUAGAACAUCACAGUUAGAUAAACAGAGAACUUUGAAAUCAAGCAAGUCUGAGCCUUCAACCCCGAUAAAACCACGUACGCCUCGUUUUGAAUCCUUAAUGAUGUCUAAUCAACAACCCAAAAUUACUACACCUGUAUUGUCCAAUUUUUCAAACAUUCGAUUCAAUGUUGUGAACUCAAGUAUACAUAUCGAUGAUAAAGGAAAAGAAGUGCCAUUAUUCACAAUCGGAAUCAUUCAACUGAAAGAAAACUAUGAAAUUUGGCGGAUAGAAAAAAAUUUAAACGACUUUCUGAAUUUGGACGCUCAGUUAAAAGAGGGCACAAUGGCCCAUUUAAAGAGGUUACCCGAUAAAGUCAUGACUCAUGUACCUGCAAAAGUAGAUGAAAGAAAGGCUAUGAUCGAGGAAUAUCUGCAGCAUGCUAUCACAUUGAGAACAGUAGAUUUGAGAAUUAUAAGCGCAUUUUUAAGUACCGAUCAGAUUUGUGAAUUGCCUAUUCAGGCAGAUAAUGUCGUAAAGCAUGGUCAUCUUACUAAAAGGGGCAAGAAUUUCGGGGGUUGGAUGUCAAGAUACUUUAUAUUAGAUCAUACUGGAUUAUUGAAAUAUUAUGAAAGUAAAGAUGGACAGUUUCUAGGCACAAUUAGUCUCAUAGACUCACAGAUUGGAUGCCAACCCCAAGGCCACGAUAACUUUAGACAUGCUUUUCUAAUCUUGGAACCCCGUACCAAUGGCACCAAUUAUAAGCACAUUUUUUGUGCGAGUUCCGAUGAUGAAAGAGAUAGCUGGGUCGAAGCACUUCGUUAUUAUACACAAAAACUGCAUAUUACAGAAGACGUUAUGAAUUCUUUCUUUUGUGAAGAUGUGGGUAUGACAGGUGUCUUGGAACCUUCAUCGUCGACCGAAUCAGCUUCUAUGGUAAGGAAAAGACCCAGCAUGGAUAAUAUCUUUCAUUACUUUGGCCGCAGAGCUUCAAAGGAUCUGACAAGCCCAAAAGAUGAUUUCCAAGAAGAUACUGAAGAAGUUAGAAAACCCAAACAACGCGCAAGCAAAAAAACUUUUUGGAAGAAAAAAAUGUUCAGUAACAGCACUUUCGAUGCACACCCAAUUGACUAUAAACACAUGUUAGACGACUAUGAAGAAACAAAAGGCGACUCGCAAGUAUUUGGUAUUCCCUUACAGAAUGCAGUUAUGGUUGCCCGUGUGUAUGACCAAUACCAAUUGCCCGCUAUUGUACACCGCUGUAUUGAAUAUAUGGAAAUGAAAGACGCUCUAGUUGAAGAAGGGAUCUAUAGAUUAAGUGGAAGUGCUGCUUUGAUGAAGAGUUUAAAGAAAAGAUUUAACGAGGAUGGCGAUGUCAAAAUUUUGCAAGACAAAGAGUAUCAUGAUGUUCAUGCAAUUGCUGGACUUUUAAAAAUGUGGCUCCGUGAAUUACCUGAGAACAUUCUUACAGAGUCCCUGCUGAUAGAAUUUUCUCAAAACUUUUCUGAUCGCCAAAGUAAAGUAUCCAAAGUGGGAAAGUUGGUUUCAUUAUUACCUUUAGUGAAUUACACCCUGUUAAGAUCACUCUGUGCCCAUCUGAUUCGUGUAAUUGAAAACUCAGACCAGAACAAAAUGACCUUAAAAAACAUCAGCAUUGUCUUUUCUGCAACAUUGGAUAUUCCAUCAAGUAUAUUUAACUUACUCUUGGUUGAGUUUGACUAUAUCUUUUUAACUGAUCGAUGCAGCUACCAAACGCCCCCAAAUACAGCCAGUAGACUCCAGUAUUAUUCAUUAAAAAGGGAAGAGGACCGAUUAAGAAGAAAUAGUACUCAUUACCAAGAUAAUACACCCAAGGACUUCAUCUCACUUGAAAAGCAGUUAAAUGGUAUGCAUACAAAUAUUAUUAGUUUGCACUCUUUACUGACUAUUAUUAUAGCUGUCAUUGACGAUAUUCCUAAUCAUGACGAAGAGACUUAUUACAGUGACGGGGAGCUUGAAGUUGCUUAUUUUGCAACUCGCUAUGCAGUUAGUAAACCUGAAGAAGCAGGACUAUGCUUUUAA